AUGUGUGUACCGUUGCUUUUAUUAACCACUAAUGGUGUAAUUUCCGUUGUUGCUACCCACUCUCGGUUUUCACCCACCAACGGUAAGAUAAAACCAGGACAUCAACAGAAGAACAUCAACAGAAGGACCUCAAGAGAAGGACCUCAACAGAAGGACCUCAAGAGAAGGACCUCAACAGAAGGACAUCAACAGAAGGACAUCAAGAGAAGGACCUCAAGAGAAGGACCUCAAGAGAAGGACCUCAACAGAAGGACAUCAACAGAAGGACCUCAACAGAAGGACCUCAAGAGAAGGACCUCAAGAGAAGGACCUCAACAGAAGGACCUCAAGAGAAGGAACUCAACAGAAGGACCUCAACAGAAGGACAUCAACAGAAGGACAUCAACAGAAGGACCUCAAGAGAAGGACCUCAACAGAAGGACAUCAACAGAAGGACAUCAACAGAAGGACAUCAACAGAAGGACCUCAAAAGAAGGACCUCAAGAGAAGGACCUCAAGAGAAGGACAUCAACAGAAGGACAUCAAGAGAAGGACCUCAACAGAAGGACAUCAACAGAAGGACAUCAACAGAAGGACAUCAACAGAAGGACCUCAAGAGAAGGACCUCAAGAGAAGGACAUCAACAGAAGGACCUCAACAGAAGGACCUCAACAGAAUGACCUCAAGAGAAGGACCUCAACAGAAGGACAUCAACAGAAGGACCUCAACAGAAGGACCUCAACAGAAGGACCUCAACAGAAGGACAUCAACAGAAGGACCUCAACAGAAGGACCUCAACAGAAGGACCUCAACAGAAGGAUAUCACCAGAAGCAUGA